AUGAGAGCUGUCAAAACACCAGCUUUAGGGCUCCGAAGCCUCCUCAGUUUAUUGGGGAUAUUGGUGGAGGGGUGGCAUGAUUUAGAUAACAAAGACUAUGACUGUUGGCCCCUGGAAAAACCAGAUGAGUAUAAUAUGAUGGACUGUGGAGGCUUGGAGAUGGCAUGGGUGCAAAGACCUCCAGAAACAGCUGUGAGCGGGGAAUUCUUCAAUGUGACCUAUGCAGUCUUUGCUUCAGACAGCUUUUAUCAGUAUGCAGUGCAAAAUCAAAUCCUUUCUCACAGCAAUGCUACUGCUGCAAAGGAAUUCUGUGAGGAGCAUGAAUGCCCUGCCAGCUGGAAAGAUGCAAAUGGGGAGAACUGCUGUGUCUACCAUGCCAACAUUCACUCCUGUCCUCUGGCCUUCAUGGGUAGAGGAGGAAUAUGUGGUCCGUGGAUCCCAGAUGAUGGCCAGAUAUUUACUCACACCUUGUCUACAGCUGGCAAAAUGACCCAAAGAAACUGGACUGCCAAGGUUGUUUUAGUUCACGUGGGUGUGACUUCUCUCAUCGCACACAUCAGAGUUGGGAGAAUGCAAGUUGCUCUGGAAGCAAAAACCACAGUCCUUCCUGCAAUAGUCUGUGGAGAUGGCUUUUGUGAGGAAGAAGAAGGCUGCUCUAUCUGUCCAGCAGACUGCGGGGAAUGCCCACUGUCUGCUGAUGCUAGGAUAGCAAUUGCCUUACCAGUUUGUUUAGUCUGCACUGGCUUUAUUUUGGCAGUCAUGUGGUUUCAAUACCAGAAACAAAAGAUGUUUUGGGAUGAAAGCUGGAUUAUAGACUUCACCUGCAUAAAACAAGAUCACAUAGUAUGGAGAGCAACAGGAAGCAUGAUGAGUGCUCCCACAGCGCCCAGUGACUCCAAUGCCAGCUGUAUUACUACUCUGAGCUCCUGCACAGCAGCUGCUAACAUGUCCAGGAAACAGUACUUCACCCAGACUGGGAGAUACGAUGGUAGAACCGUGGCCAUAAAGAAAGUAAUGAAGAAGGCAUUCACACUCUCCAAAUCUAUACGUAAAGAAGUAAAGCAAGUGAGGGAACUUGACCAUCCCAAUCUCUGCAAAUUCAUUGGAGGUUGUAUAGAAGUGCCAAAUGUUGCCAUUGUGACAGAGUACUGCCCCAAAGGCAGCCUGAGUGAUGUUCUCCUCAAUGAAGACAUACCUUUGAACUGGGGCUUCAGGUUUUCUUUUGCUAUUGAUAUUGCACAAGGAAUGGCCUAUCUUCACCACCACAAAAUGUAUCAUGGACGGUUGAAGUCUAGUAACUGUGUGAUAGAUGACCGAUGGGUUUGUAAAAUUGCAGAUUAUGGUUUGCAGUCAUACAGAAAAGAAGAUUCUCCUGAGGAAUCAAGCUCACACCAGCAGCAUUUGAUACCAAUUUACACAGCUCCUGAAAUCCAUUCCCUUUCAGACUUUGAACCCAAUUCUAUGACAGACGUCUACAGUUACGCCAUCAUUUUACUAGAAAUUGCCACAAGAAAUGACCCUAUGCCAGUAACUGAAUAUUCUUGGUGCCCACCUCUGGCGGAAUUAAUUUCAGGAAAGGCUGAGAAUUCUUGCCCAUGUCCCACAGAUUACAUAGAGUUAAUCAGAAGGUGCAGAAAAUAUAAUCCAGCCCAAAGGCCUACAUUUGAACAAGUCAAGAAAAUGUUGUACAAGAUGAAUCCUAAUAAAGUUAGCCCUGUUGACAUGAUGAUGACUCUGAUGGAGAAAUACAGCAAACAUCUGGAGAUACUGGUUUCUGAGAGAACCCAGGAUUUAAUGCAUGAAAAACAGAAGACUGAUCGUCUGUUGUAUAGUAUGUUGCCAAAGCAAGUAGCAGAUGAUCUCAGGCAGGGAAAACAUGCACAAGCUCAAAGUUACUUAAGUGCCACCAUUUUUUUCAGUGACAUUGUUGGUUUCACUCAGCUGUCCAGCAGCAGCACACCUUAUGAAGUGGUAGAUCUCUUGAACAAGCUUUACACCACUUUUGAUGAAAUCAUAGAUAACUAUGAUGUCUAUAAGGUGGAGACAAUAGGAGAUGCCUAUAUGGUGGUAUCAGGAGUACCCAAAGAGAAUGGGAUCCUUCAUGCUGGUGAGAUUGCAAGCAUGGCUUUAGACCUUCUGGACGUCUGCAAGACUUUUAAGAUCCCACACAAGCCCAACACCCUCCUAAAGAUAAGAGCAGGAAUCCAUUCAGGGGCAGUUGUAGCUGGAGUUGUUGGGACCAAAAUGCCACGGUAUUGUUUAUUUGGAGAUACCGUGAACACAGCUUCCAGGAUGGAAUCCACCAGUGAAGCUCUUAAAAUACAGUGCAGUUCAAGUGCGUACCAGCUGUUGGAGCAGAUUGGGGAGUACGUGUUAGUAUGCCGCGGGAAUUUACAAGUCAAGGGGAAAGGAGACAUGGUAACAUACUGGCUUGAAGGUAAGAAAGCCUCUGCCACCCAGAAGGCAGUCACCAGCACUUCCGUGAUGCUUCAAGACCCCAACAGAGCUCUGUUUAGUUUGCUACCAGGUGUUCCUCCCAGUGACCCUCUCUCAAGUCCUGCUUACUAGCCACUCGCUACCUCCUGUUAGUCUGUUAGGUCGUCCUGCUGAAUUAGAAAGUAAGAAAAGAAAUAGUCCGCCCCUUUGGCUUUGGAGAUGUAUUUGCUCAGAUUUUAUUUACAGGUAUUGCUUUCCCAUCAGUGGCAGGAAAAAUACAAAAAAAGCAAAAAUUCGUCUUCAGAAAUUAUAUAUAAGACAGACCCACCAGACACUAGGGCUGAAGGUAGCUCCCAGCAUUACUUGUUGGUUUGGAUCUGCUGGGUAAUCCCCUGCCAGAAGCCUCCAUCACCUCAAAGCCAGCUGGCUGGACAUUCCAGCCUGUAAGCUUCUCCCACAGGAAAGAAGGAAGCAGUGUAGUGCUGCUAUUCAGCGGAAUGAUAAACCUUGCGGGUGUGACUGGUUUCGUGCUAUGAAAGGGAAAAAUGAGAUGUGUAUUGUGUUAGAGAGCAAGGCCCACUGAAAGAGGAGGAUGAAGCAGUGCUGUCAUAGUGGAUACAAAUUGAUGAGAAUUUGUGCUCCUGCUUCCAUGUCAUCUCCAUUGCCUGGAGCAGAGAGAAAAGAAUUAAGAAGAAAGGCCAGACUAUUUCCGUAGAGUCAACACUUAGUGACACCUGCCAUCAUGGUACAGAGAUCUGAAUGUCUUGGGAGAGAAAUGAAAGACAUUGCACACUGUUGUUAAGCAGAAGAGAGUCCAUUUCAGCUGCUCUUUGCCUGCUCUGGUUUUUCUCUGAAAAAAAGCUCCUAAAGUUAGCUUACGUUAUGGAGUUGCUUUGACUAAAGUGGCAGUGAACUUACUGUAGCUGGUGAGCUGUCUGACUGCAAAAUCAGGCAGCUCUCUGAGUCACUCCGUAAUUUAGGACACAGUUUGGAAAAGGUCAUUCCUGAGCAAGCAUUUCCUGUAAAGAGAGACCCAGCACUACACAUGUAGUGAUCUGUUGAUGAGCGUGGAUCUAUAAGCAUUGCAGGUGUUGACUUUCUUUAAAGACAAAGCAUAUAUACAGUGGACCCUGUUUAUAUUUUUUAGUGUUUUACUUACGGCAAUACAUUAACUUUCAGGGCUAAUCUAUUUUGAAGAGUUUAGCCAGGUCCAGCCGAAUUGAUUAACACACGGUCCAACAGAAUUAGUUAUGUGAAAUGCAGAAAGGAAGGAUACCAAAAGUCACAGCAGUUCCACCAUAAUGUGAACUGGACUGGCCAAAGAUAAGUGGGAAGAGGUGGAAAGGAAGUACUAUGAGUAACAAAGUACCAUCUGCUCCUCCUUAUUCUGCUUCUUUAUCCUCCAUCCUGUCCCCGAUUCUAGGUAUGAGUACAGAAGCACACAUGCACAUGCAGUUUUUCUGGUAUAAAUUUGUGCAUCUUAAACAAGCAGCUGAUGAGUUAGUUGUCCAUGUUCCCAUGUAGCUAGCAUAAUUUUGAUGCUGAAUAUGUGCUGUGUGAUAGUAAUAGAGAGUCACAGUAUAGUCCUUCUUCAGCUUCUGUGCAAAGUAAAUGCAGUGGUAAUGUUAGAUUUUUCAGAGGUGCCUAACAGAGAUUAGAAAGCUAAAUCCUUCCAAAUUAUGGACGACUUACUUGAAAUCCACAGAAAAAUAUAGAACAUUCUGAGUGAAAUUCUGUCUCAGAAGUCUGUGGGAAUACUGCCACUUGAAUGGAACCAGAACCUCAGCAAGGGACAUAGAGCUGAUCUUGACACUUGAGACCCCAAGGCAGAACCCAGCCAAAUUCUUUAAAAUUAAAAUUUUUAAUUGGUUUCACAUAACUUCCUGAUCUUAAAAGAUUCCUUUCACUAUUUUUGAGUUUCAUAUUAGUAUAUGGUACAGUACAGUUAACUUAUUUGUAAUCUUAGCAAAAUUAAGCUUUUAGUUCUCCAGAGCCCAGAGGUGUUGUUAAAUACUAUCAUUGCCCUUAUUCAAAUCUGACCUAGAUAUUGUGAAACUCUCUGUUCUAUUAUAGUGCUGCAUGAUAUAUAUUUUACAUUAUACUUUUAAUGAGUUAGCUUUUUAAAAUUUUUAUUAGAAAGGUGCAUGUCAUAUGAUCUUUUAUCAAAUGUCAAUGUGAAAGCAUGUGCUUUGUUAUGUUUAUCUGUAGCAGUACAGUUUAUCUGUACAGUUUUAACCCUUCUGCUGUAUUUUAA